AUGCGUUCCAUUCUAUUUACUUUUCUUCUUAUUUCAGUCUGUUCUGCUUUUAAAGCAUGGGUAAUCACUGAUAGUCAUUUUGAUCGUGAAUACACUGUGGGAGCAUAUUCAAGAUGUAAUGAAAUGGAUUGUUGUCAUGACUACUCUAUUCCAAAGAAAGGUAAAGAAGAUUUUAUCUCUGGACAGUGUGGAGAUUACAACUGUUAUCCACCACUUAAUGUUAGUCAAUCAGCAUUUGAUUUUAUUUAUCAACAUAGAAAUGAAUCUACAACAGUUUUUUGGAUGAUGGAUACUUUACCUGCUACUUUUUUAAAACAAUCUAAAGAAAGAAAUGUUUAUCAUAUUAAAACUCAAACUAUGGAAUUACAAAAAAGAUUACCUGGAUUUAAAGUUUUUCCUGCUCCUGGAAAUCAUGAUUACUUUAAACAUUCUGAAUGGCAAUUUCCUCCUGAAAGUCAAUGGAUGUUAGAUAUUAUGAUUGAUUUAUUUAAACCAUGGUUAUCUGAUAGUUCUUUAGAAACUUUUAGAAAGGGUGGAUAUUAUACUGAAUUAAUUGAUUCUGGAAUGCGUUUAAUAUCAUUAAAUAUGGCAUAUUUAGAUGUUUAUGGAAUUCAUUCUCAAGAAUAUCCUGCUAAAGAUCCAGGAAAUAUGGUUGCAUGGCUUAAUUCAACUCUUAAAGAAGCAAAAGAAAAUAAAGAACGAGUUGUUCUUAUUUUCCAUGAACCAAUUGGAUUAAAGUCAAGUGGUGCAGUAACUGUUCAUCCCAAAUUUAAUCAAGAUUUCAAUCAUAUGAUGACUUUAUAUGGAGAUAUUAUCAUUACAAUUCUUACUGGUCAUGAACAUCUUGCAGCUGUAAGACUACUUCCUUCUUAUGAAAAUCCAACAUUUAGUGUUAUAGGAAAUCCUGCUUGUACUUCAAGAACUAAUUUAGACCCAAGAUUCCGUUUAGUGGAAUUUGAUAUUCAAAGUCUUAUUGGAUGGAAAGAGUAUAAACUUGAUAUUGAAAAAUGUAAUUCAAAUGGUAAAUUUGAUUGGGAAUAUGAUUAUGAUACCAAAUCAUUAUUUGGUUUCAAUAGACUUUCCUUACAAGAUACAAAAGAAUUUAUUCGAAAAUUAGAAAAGGACGAUUCUUUCUUUGAUAAAUACAGAAUGCAUUGUGGAUUCCAUAACGGAAAAGAAUAUCCUGGUAAUUCUCGUCAUGCUUUCAUUUGCUCAUUAAUAUCAUUAACUGAAACCCAAUAUCUUGAAUGUGUCAGAAACGGACCAAUUCAAUAA